UCUUGGUUAUUGCCUCCCCCGUCUAUUUCCCCAGAACAGGGCUGUGAGCUCUUUGUUUCAGGUCUGAAUUCUCUCUCUACAGCUAUGUUUGCCUGGAAGGAAACUCUGCUCCCUGCCCUUCUGAUGGGAUUCAUGGAUACAGAUGUCCCAGUGGUUUCUACUGUCCUGCAGGCACUGUGCUAGAGCUGCCCUGUGAGCCUGGCACAUUCAGCCCUGUGCCUGGGGCCAGCGCCUGCCUGCCUUGCCCUGCUGGUAUGGCCUGCAGCAGGGCAGCCACUGUUGAGCCACUGAGCUGCCCCAGAGGUUACUACUGUCCAGUUCAGACUGCUGCCCCCCUGCCGUGCCCCGAGGGGACACUGAACACUGUGGAGGGGGCAUUGGCCCGCAGCGCCUGCAGGCUGUGCCCAGUGGGGAGGUACUGCAGAGGAGAUGCCAACUGGGAGCCUGAUGGUCUGUGUUCAGCUGGCUACUACUGUGAAGGAGGAGCCACUGAUGCCAUUCCACGUGGGACACCUGCAUUCCCGCUCAGUGGACCCUGCCCACUUGGGCACUAUUGUCCAGAGGGCACCCAUUUCCCAGUUGCCUGCCCAGCUGGGACCCUGAACAAUGCCACGGGUGGUGCCUCCCUGGAGAGCUGUGUGCCAUGCUACCCUGGCUCCUUCUGUGCUGGUGUUGGGCUGAGCUCUCCAACAGGACCUUGUGCUGAGGGGUUUUACUGCCCAGUGAACUUCAGCUCCGUCAGCCCCACAGCUUUUCUCUGCCCUAAGGGUCACUUCUGCAGCUCCGGGGCAGCCCAUCCAACGCCGUGCCCUGCUGGGGAGUACCAGCCAGCCAGCGGCUCUGCAGCCUGCAUCCCGUGCCAGAGAGGAUUCUACUGCCAGGAGCUGGUGGCAGGAGACCACAGGCGCUGCCCCCCACAUUCCUACUGUCCUACAGGCACAAGGGUUCCUCUCACAUGUCCCGAAGGCACCUUCACUCCUGCAAAUAUGACUGGCCUGUGGAAUGAGAAGGAAUGCCUGCCUUGCUUACCUGGUCACUACUGCAGGCAUGGGCGGCUGGAGGGGAAAUGUGCUGCUGGAUACUUCUGCCUUGCUGGGAGCUCCCAAUCCACUCCCCAGGGCCACAGCUUCUCCUGGCGCUUGCUGACUGGGUGCCGCUGGGGUCAGGAGUGUGCAGGGCUGUGUCCUGCAGGUUUCUACUGCCUGGAGGGAUCUGAGGUACCAACACCGUGUCCUGCGAAUACUAUUAGAGGUGUUCCAGGAGCUGCGAAGAGAGGAGACUGCCUCCCCUGUCCACCAGGCCACUGGUGCAAAGCAGGGGACUCAGAGGCCUAUCCAUGCCCAUCAGGACACUAUUGCUUCGGAGGCAAUGGCAGUGAGCACAGCAGUCUCCUGGCACCUCAGAAAUGCCCUCCACAAACCUACCGCAAGCUGCCAGGAGCUCAGAGCCUGACAGAUUGCCAACCCUGUCCUCCUGGCUACCACUGCCCUUUGUCAGGUCUGACCGGGUUUGAGGAUUAUCCCUGCCCCCCUGGAUACUGGUGCCCAGGUAAAGGGGAUGCUUUCCUUUGUCCAGCUGGCACUUCCAGGAUCCAGCCUGGUGCAAAAUCAUUGGAAGAGUGUGCUCCCUGCUCACCUGGAUACUUCUGCCCGGAUCCAGCAGAGACAGGGCUGCCUAACACCCAGGGAGUACCUUGUAAACCUGGCUAUGAGUGCCCAGCAGGUUCAGUAAAUCCAAAGCCUUGCAGGCCUGGCCUGUACUGUGCUGCUCACACAGCCCUGCCUUCCGUGUGCCCUGCUGGGUAUUACUGUCCUGAAGGAUCAUCAACAUACAACAGCCCUGAGCAGCUGUGUGUGUUUCCCUACUACUGCCCCCCAGGCAGUGCCCAUCCGCUGCCUUGUGAAGGAGGGUACAUGGCCCUCAGCUUGCCUGGUCCAAGGGAUUCGCCUGAGAAGUUCUGCAGGAUCUGUGAUGCAGGCACCUACCGCAGUGACCCCCUCAUCAUGUCACCCUGCCAGCCCUGCCCUGCAGGCUUCAUAUGCCCACAAGGCAGUGAGAGUUACCACAAGAAGCCUUGUCCCAGUGGCCACUACUGCCCUGCCCUGGCAUCUGCCCCUCUGCCCUGUCCCCCGGGGACCCACAGGAGCAGCAGCUUUGCAAAGCACAUAGAGGAUUGCCAGGCCUGUCCUGCUGGCACCUUCAAUCACCUCCCUGCCCAGGCUGCCUGCUUCCCCUGCGGCAGCUCUUCCUCCUCUCGGCCCGGUGCAACCAGCUGUACCUGCCACGGGCUGAACCGGGCUUUCCAGCAGUCGGAUGCCUCCUGCAUCUGCCAGGCAGGUUACAUUUACUAUGAUGAGAGAGGCAAGAUGGACCCUGACAGCAACAGCGAUCAGGAUUGCCGGCCCCAGGUGGAUGAGCUCUGCGCUCCAGGAGCGGUCCGGCUCGCAGCCACACGCCAGUGCGUGCUUCCCGAGCGGUACGACUGCUCCCCUGCCUGCGGGCCCGCGGGGGGAGAGGUGAAUGCAGAGCUGGGCAUAUGUCACUGCAAGCAGUAUGUCUCUGCUGAGGAACUGUGUGACCAACUGUGUCUGCUGAGAGCCCCACGGAUCUCCUUGGGAUUUGGCAUCAAUAGAGAGCUGCUGCUGAGGAUGAACGGAGGAGAAGUGUGGGAAGUGGCAAACGUUCUGGGCCCAGAUGAACACGUGCAGAAAAGCCAGCGGGUGCAUUUGGUUCUGUUCAGUCCCACUGGAGUGCUGGGUUUCAUUGCCUCCAGCACAGAUGCUCUGGAUGCAUUUCUCACAGGAGACUUUUCAUCACAUCAGUUGCUACAGAAAGGUCAUCGAAUCCAGAGGGCUUCCUCCACAGAUACCCACACCUUGCCCCUUGUUCCUAACCCAGUAGUAUGCCUGGAAGCAGGAGACACGAUCCUUUUCCAGCUCAGCAUCGAUUCCCACAAUCGUGCAUCCAGCCAUUACCCUGUCUAUCAGAAGCAGCAUCUCUAUAACAGCAACCCAGGCUGGGAUUUUGGAGCCUUCCGAAGGUUGGACCACCUCAUCCAGGAGACUCACCUCAACAUCUCCUGGUUUGCCCAUGUUUUCCUGGAGUCUGGGACAUACGUUUUCAGGGAUAGGACCAUUCAGGAGCACUUCCUGAUCGUGACUGUGAAUGAAGCAAACGUGGGUUGUGACCCCCGAGAUGUGUCCUUCCAGCCCUCUUCUCUGUUCCAGCUGGCCAGACAUGGAGUUCUGAAGCAACAGGACCUGAACUUGGCUCCUAACUGGGCCACUAUCACAGCAGUUCUCUUUGUUCUGGGCUCCUUAACCGUGGUGCUGGCAACCCUGGCUGUAGUGCUCCAGCCUGCUGUGCCCAUCAUCAGCCCCCUGAAGGGUUGGAAGCCACGAUGGAGGAGCCUGGGUGAGCCACACAUCCCACCGGAGUACAUCCUCCUUAAAGACAGCCUUCAGUUCUAUCAGACAGUCGGUCCUCGUGCUUCUGGAGAAGAUGCUGGCUUUGAAGAGAAGGGAGCUGUGCAUAAUGCAGAAGAGCAUUUGACACGGAGGCUUCUGGAGGAUUUCAGUGUUCGCACCCUCUAUGAUAAGCUGGAAGAUCAGAACUUGCACCUGGCAUCUCAGCUGGCCAAGCACAGGAUGGACGUGCUGGUGUUCUACAAUGGAGUCAGCCUGCAGAUCCAGAGUCUCAUGGACAUGCUGCAAGCACUGGACCCUGAAGACUUGAAAAGGGCUCAUGAGCACAAACCUGCAGAGAGCAGCAGGGCAGCAGCGUGUGCUGAACAAUGCGAUGGGCACUGUGGACACAACUCCCAAUCAGGUGAGAGAGCCAAAGUGCAGAGCAAGAGAGCAGCAGUGUCAGGGAGCAUCGGUGGGUGGCACAGUGCGUGA